UUUAUGAAAAGUGUAAAUAAGUUAACCAAAAAAUUUGCUAAUACAUUUUAUAUCUGCAGUAAAAUCUAUUCUCGUAUCGGUUUAUGAUAUUUAUUAUGUUUUAGUUCAGUAUUUAAUUGUAUCUAUAGGUUAUUUUCUAAUGUAGAUAUGAUAACUGCAGAAGAGUUUUUAACUGCAGCGAAAAAGUUCGUUUUAAUAUCCAAUAAAAUAUGCGAUGGUUGGAAAUUAAUUGAAAACGAAUGGGAUAUAAACCAAUCAUAUAUUUCAAAAGAAACAUUCAUUGAGUGCGGUGUUGGUGAUGAUGUUUCGUUACUGAAAGCGGAAUACAUUAUAUUUUACAAUCUAAGUUACGGCGUACCUUCAUUUAGCUUCAAUAUAUGGAAUUCAUCAGGGAUGUUGUUAUCGUUAGAAGAUGUAAGACAACUGUCUUUUAUAAGCACAAACCCAAAGGAGUUCUACUCGAUAAUAACUCAGCAAGAACAUCCAUUGUUUCAAAGACCAUACUUCAUCAUGCACCCAUGCCACACUGAGGAGUUGCUGACAUCGUUACAAGACAAGACUGCAAAUGUUAUAGUUACUUUCCUUGGGUUAGUCACACCAUUGAUUCAAUUGAAGUUGCCAUUGGAAUAUGGCUUAAAACAAUUAUGAAUGAUUAUUAUAUUGGUUUUAAAAGUUAAUGUGAUGUAAGAUAAAAUAUGUUAUAAAAAUAUUAAUAUAUUCUAUAUUUUUUUUAAGUUA